GCACACAAAUGUCAACAUCCACUCAAAGUGUCACCAAUUAAUCGCAUUCACGGCUUAAAUACAGUUAAUCUUCAAGUGAUUUAACGCCAAUUUAGCACUUAUUUAGUUAUGUUUCGUACUAUUUAUUCGCGUUUAAGUGGAUCUCAUGUUUUGUCAAACAUAAAUUGUGUGCAAAAUUUGGUGACCAAUAAGUACUCAACUGGUCGUCCAAUCAUUGAAAAGGGCAUCAAUCAAGUGAUACUAAUGGGUCGGUGCGGCACCGAUGCCCUCAAGAGAGGCACUGACAGUCGACCGGUCAUUAUCUUCUCGUUGGCCACUCACACACACUUCAAGAACCAGGAGACAGAUGAAUUACAACAGAAGACUGAUUGGCACAGAAUCUCAGUCUUUAGGAAUCGAUUGCAGGAAAAGACGCUUAACUUCGCGAAGAAAGGGAGUCGACUCUUAGUUCAGGGAAGGAUUUCUUAUGGAGAGAUCACUGAUGCCAAUGGAGUGUCACAUCAGACAACUAGUAUUAUUGCCGACGACGUUAUAUUCUUAUCGUCGGGUCGUGUGGCCACUGAGGAGGACGUGGAUGAAGCCAUAGAGGCCUAACCAUACACUCACACACUUGUCAACUGAUCAAACAUUUUGUUCACUUUUUCUAAUAAUCAUGUCAAACAUA